UCGAGAGGAGAUCAGAAAGCUCGACCAGUUUCUCCAGCCCGACGACCCGGCGACUAAACCCGACCGGAACUUCCUCUUACGGAAAAUAUACGGCCGAAAAACGGUCACGUUCUCGUCGUGGUUCUGCCUAUGGUCACGGAUCGUCCAUGCAUGGAGCGAGGAGAGAGAAUGGAAGCCCGAAAGCUUCGGGUUUUCCGGCGAAGUUUCUGCAAUUUCCGGCGAUCUUCGGGGCUGCAUGAGGUAUAGAAAUUGGUCCUCUCAUCGUGCUCUACGUCUUGCUAAGUUCAGUUUUUGAAUUCGAUCGAUUUGUGAUGUUUUGGGUUUCUUGCGGAUUUCGACAUUUUCCGGCGACUCCGGUCGUUACCGGCGACACUUGAGGUGAGGAAAUCCUUCUCCUCUUCAUUCUCUACACGUUGGUAUAACUUGUUUUUGGAUUCGAUUGAGUUUUGAUCGAGUUGCUCUUUUGGGUGUUUUCGGCUUCGACGGAGAUAAUGUUCACGGCGGCUGUCCUUGUGCUUCUGGGUUCAUCUCCGAUCUCCUAGAGCAUGGAUUGGCACCUGGUGGAGCUCGACUCCUUUAGUGGGUUGAAUUGGUGAGUUUGGGGUUAAAUUUCCAGAAGUUGCACAUUGAGGAAUUUGGGUGUGCUGUGUUCUUCGUCGAAUGCAGACCUGUAAAUGGGAUUCCGAUCUUGAUCUGGUUUAAUCACAUGGUCUUGGGCAAUGCAUUAUUGAGUCAUAUGAUCUCCUAUAAGGAGCUUAGGUCCUCAAAUUAGUCUGCCAUGACUUUGAAAGCAUAGCACAACUAUCAUUGCCCUUUCUAAAUUACCUGGCCUAUACGCCAAGUUCUGUGUGGCCUAGAUGCUUCUCUGAUUUCAGUAGCAGAGCUAUCCUUGUGAAACAGAAAAUAAUUAACAUUGUUCUUCUGGGAAACAUAUUGGGGUAGGGAUGCAACUGGGUAGUGUUAUUUUGUUUUUCUCAUUCGCCUUCAGUUUGCUUCCGUCACAGUAUGGCGCUGAAGUAUAUAACAUAACUCCUUCACACCCAUUAUCCGAGGGACAAACUCUAGUCUCUCCUGGCCUAAUAUUCGAAUUGGGCUUCUUCAGUCCUAGUAGUUCUGGUAACAAGUAUGUGGGGAUAUGGCACAAGGAUAUAUUUCCACGUAAAGUGGUAUGGGUGGCUAACAGAGAUCAGCCUUUUGCUCUUAUAGACACCUUGGCUAGUUUGAGAAUUAGCAGCAAUGGGAGUCUGGAGCUUGUAGAUGGGAAGCAAAAUUCUGUGUGGUCAACUAAUGUUACUAUACAGAUGUCAUCAUCUAAUACUAGUUCAGUUGCUGCAAUUCUUUUAGAUGAUGGAAACUUUGUUGUCAAAGAUGUUAUCGGAGCUGGUGAAUCAAUAUGGCAGAGCUUUCAUCAUCCUAGUGACACUAUGCUACCAAACCUGGUGUUGGGAUACUUUACCAAAUAUGGAGAAGGCCUUUUUUUGACUACCUGGAAGAGUGAGAGUGAUCCAUCUAGUGGGAUAUAUACAGCUGAAGGCGGACGGCGAACAGAUAUGCCAGGACAAGUGAUCAUUUGGAUUAAUCGGUCAAUUCCCUUCUGGAGAAGUGGACCAUGGGACAAAUCGAAGUUCAUCGGCAUCUUAGAUAUGGAUGAUCGAUAUCUUAGUGGAUUUAAACUAGAUGAAAAUACAGAACAGGGAACAAAGUAUUUCUCUUAUAACUUACCUGAGAAAACUCUCGCAUAUGUAGACGUCUCUUCAGAGGGAAAGAUGAAGCUUAUGAGUUCAGAAAAUGGUAAGAACUGGUCACUCUCCACCGAGGCACAAACUAAUCGAUGUGACAUCUAUGGAGCAUGUGGGCCUUAUGGGGUUUGCAACAUCUCUGAAUCUCCAAUCUGCAAGUGUUUGAAAGGGUUUGUACCAAAAUCACACCAGGAAUGGAGCAAAGGAGACUGGACCGGUGGAUGCGUAAGGAAAACCGAAUUGUUCUGUGCGAGAGAAACAAAUAAGAAGUCAGUACCAUUGCAAGGAAAACAAGAUGAUAACGAUGAUGGGUUUUGGAAGAUCACACGAGCAAAAGUACCAGAUUAUCAUCAGUAUAUUACAUCUUUGGAUCUUGAAGACGAGUUCAGUGACUGCAAGAUACAGUGCUUAAAUAAUUGUUCAUGCCUGGCUUUUGCACUUGUUAAUAAUAUUGGUUGUUUGGUCUGGUCCAAAGACCUCAUUGAUAUACAGAAAUUUUCCAGGGGGGGAGUUGAUAUUUAUAUUCGCCUAGCACGCAGAGAACUAGGUGAAGGAAAGCCAAUUAAGUUGAUUUCCAGCCUCACAGCUAUUGGUUUAAUGAUUAUCUUGGUUGCCAUAGUGUUCGGUUUGCACAGGUUGCGAGCUAACCAAAAGGAAUCGAUUCCAACUUCUAGGGACACUCUUGGAGAAUAUAUUGGAAAACAUGAUCCAUCAAAGCUAUUGAUCUAUGAUUUUGAUACCAUAUUAACUGCUACAGACAAUUUCAGCAUUACAAAUAAACUCGGGCAAGGAGGCUUUGGUCCUGUUUAUAAGGGUAUGCUACAAGAUGGGAAGGAAGUAGCUGUAAAAAGACUAUCUAGUAGCUCAGGACAAGGCAUUGAAGAGUUCAAGAAUGAGAUGCUGUUGAUCUCCAAUCUUCAACACAAAAAUCUUGUUAGGAUCAUGGGUUGCUGCAUUAAAGAGGAUGAGAAGUUACUGAUUUAUGAGUUCAUGCCAAACAAAAGCUUGGAUACUUUUUUAUUUGAUACGAGAAAGAGAGUAGUACUUGAUUGGGCGACACGCUUUAAUAUUAUUCAGGGUGUCGCCAGAGGGCUUCUUUAUCUCCAUCAUGAUUCCUAUGUGAAGGUAAUACAUAGAGAUCUGAAAGUCAGCAACAUUCUCCUAGAUGAGAAAAUGAAUCCAAAAAUUUCAGAUUUUGGAUUGGCACGCAUAAUUGAAGGAACACAAAAUCUAGAAAAUACUCAGAAAGUUGUGGGAACACGUGGCUAUAUGUCUCCGGAGUAUGCCAUGGGGGGUAUGUUUUCUGAAAAAUCUGAUGUCUAUAGCUUCGGGGUGUUGGUCUUGGAGAUUAUUAGCAGCAAGAAGAAUACCAGCUUCUCUUUAUAUGACCAACAUCUUGGCUUUCUAGCCUAUGCAUGGAACUUGUGGAAUGAAGGCAGGGGGUUGGAGUUAGUAGAUGAAAUAUUAGGUUAUUCAUAUUCAUCAUCGGAAGUACUGAAAUGCAUGCAUAUUGGGCUUCUAUGUGUACAAGACAAUGCUGUGGACAGGCCAACCAUGGCAGAUAUAGCUUUGAUGUUCAGUAGUGAGAAAGAUGGUCCACAACCUAAGCUGCCUGUAUUCACUAUCCAAAACUCAGCUUAUCAUCCUCAACCAUACUGUGAGAAUACUAAUUUCUCUAAAAAUGAAGCUAGCAUUACAAUGAUUGAAGGACGAUAAGGCCAUAAGGAAUAGCACAUUGUUACAUCACAAUGCAUUGCCUUUUGGUCAUUCUCAAGGGUUCUCAUACAUAUUGAAGGUUUUCUUUUUGGUGUAGAUGUAGAAAACAAUUUGUUUCUCUUGUGGUAGGUAGUAUAUGAAGGUCUUUUCAUAAAGAAGAUGCCCUUCAUUGAUGUGUAUAAACUUUGUAUUAACAAUUUCAUAUAUAAAAAUUAAGUCUCCACCACGUGAUACCUUUACA